AUGCGGCUAAACUAUUAUCCUGCGCACUACCUUCUCUUCUCAUGCAAGUACUCUCUUAUGGCAACUUCCUUCCCAAACUGUUGUAUCAAUGCUUCCACUUCAUCUCAUCAACCUCUUUUAAACGGUACCCACGCAAACCCACCUCCUAACAUUCCAAAUAUUUUCCUAAAUUCCAUUAAAUCUCCGUCUCUCAAACAGAUUUGUAGCCAAGGCAACCUUAAGGCAGCUUUUCAAUCUUUAAGUUAUCUGUUUACUGAUAGUAACUCGCUUGUGAUUUCCCCGGAUGAAGCUUAUGCACAAGUACUGGAGCUAUGUGCCAGCAGGAAAGCCCUCUUGCACGGCAGACAAAUUCAUGGCCGUUUGAUCAAAUCUUAUAAUGGUAUUUGUGAAUCGUUGUUUUUGGGUACUAAACUUGUGUUUAUGUAUGGGAAAUGUGGUUGUAUUAUUGACGCGGAAAAGGUUUUUGAUAAAAUGUCUGAAAGAACGAUUUUUACCUGGAAUGCUUUGUUAGGGGCUUAUGUUUCAUAUGGGGAACCUUUGAGAGCUCUUAAAACGUAUAGAGAAAUGCGGGUUUUGGGUAUUCCUCUUGACGCUUGUACUUUUCCUUGCGUACUUAAAGCUUGUAGUGUGCUUAGAGAUCUUAAUUGUGGAGCUGAAAUUCAUGGUUUAAUCAUUAAAUGUGGCUAUGAUUCUGUUGUUUUUGUUGUCAAUUCUCUUGUUGCUAUGUAUGCAAAGUGCCGUGAGCUUGUUAAAGCGAAGCAAUUAUUUGACAGGGUGGGUGAAAAAAAUGAUGUUGUGUUAUGGAAUUCUAUAAUUUCAGCAUAUUCUGCUAGUGGGCACAACAUAGAGGCAUUAGACGUCUUCAGAAGUAUGCCAAAAGCUGGUCUUGUUACCAAUUCUUACACUUUUGUUGCUGCUCUUCAAGCAUGUGAGGAUUCUUUAUUCAAAAAACUGGGUAUGGAAAUUCAUACUGCUAUUUUGAAAUCAAGUCAGAAACUUGAGGUUUAUGUGGGAAAUGCUUUGAUUGCUAUGUAUGCUAGAUGUGGUAAAUUGACUAAAGCUGAACGAGUGUUUAAUUCAUUGGAGGACAAGGAUGAAGUGUCAUGGAAUUCCAUGCUCUCUGGUUUUGUUCAAAAUGGUAUGUAUGCUGAAGCUAUGCAAUUCUUUCAUGAUUUGCAACGAGCUGGUCACCAACCUGACCAGGUUUCCGUUAUAAGUGCUCUUACAGCAUCUGGGCGAUUGGGUAAUUUAUUAAAUGGAAUGGAAUUACAUGCCUAUGCAAUAAAACGAGGUGCUGCUGCUGAUUUGCAGGUUGGUAAUACUCUUCUAGAUAUGUAUGCAAAAUGUUUUCGUCCAAGAUACAUGGACUCUGUUUUUGAUCAGAUGCAUGUAAAGGAUUUCAUUUCUUGGACAACUAUUAUCGCUGGCAAUGCUCUGAACAAUUGUCAUGGAAGGGCUUUAGCAUUGUUCAGGAAAGUUCAGACAGAAGGGGUUGAGGUGGAUACUUUGAUGAUAGGAAGCGCCUUAACGACUUGUAUUGGAUUAAAAUGCAUGUCUAAAGUGAAAGAAAUACAUGGUUACAUUAUCAGAAAAGGUUUAUCUGAUCUUGUGCUACAAAAUUCCAUUGUUGACGUAUAUGGAGAGUGUGGAAACAUUAUUUAUGCUAGAAAAAUGUUUCAGUCGAUUCAGUCUAAAGAUAUUGUGUCUUGGACAAGCAUGAUGUCAACUUACGACCAUAAUGGACUUGCAAAUGAAGCUCUGGAAAUUUUCUACUUAAUGAAUGAAAGUGAAACUAAUGUUGAACCGGAUUCUAUAGCAAUAGUGUGCAUACUCUCUGCUGCUGCUAGUUUGUCUGCCUCAAAGAAAGGAAAACAAAUUCAUGGUUUUAUCAUCAGGAAGGGCUUCAGUUUAGAGGGAUCUUUAGGAAGCUCUCUUGUGGAUAUGUAUGCCCGUUGUGGAGAUCUAGAGAAGGCUUAUAAGGUAUUUGAUAGUCUCCGCAAUAAAGGUGUUGUUCUAUGGACAAGUAUGAUCAAUGCAAACGGACUGCAUGGCCAUGGCAAAGCUGCCAUUGAUCUAUUUUAUAAGAUGGAGAGCGAAAACAUCGCUCCCGACCAUAUAACUUUUCUGGCACUUCUUUAUGCUUGCAGCCAUUCUGGAUUGAUCAAUGAGGGCAAAACAAUUAUUGAUCUUAUGAGAUGUGAAUAUAGAUUGGAGCCAUGGCCGGAACACUAUGCUUGCAUUGUUGAUCUACUUGGUCGUGCAAACCGUCUGGAAGAGGCAUACCUAUUUGUUAAAAGUAUGCAAACGGAGCCUCAUGCUGAAAUUUGGAGUGCUCUUCUGAGAGCCUGUCAGAUUCACUCUAAUAAAGAACUAGGAGAAAUUGCAGCACGAAAGCUAUUAGAAUUGGAUCCAGGGAAUCCUGGAAAUUAUGUGCUUGUCUCCAAUGUCUUUGCCGCUAGUGGUAGAUGGAAAGAUGUUGAAGAAGUGAGAAUGAGAAUGAAGGAAAGUGGGUUGAAGAAAACGCCCGGAUGUAGUUGGAUGGAGAUUGGAAAUAGGCUUCAUACGUUCAUUGCAAGAGACAAGUCUCAUCCGGAAUCUAAUGAGAUAUACCAAAAGUUGACUCAAAUUACCAAGAUAUUGGAGAAUGAAGCAGGCUAUGUGGCUCAAACUAAAUUUGUCUUCCAUAACGUGGAGGAAGAGGAGAAGGUUCAGAUGCUAUAUGGUCAUAGUGAAAGGCUGGCCAUCGCAUAUGGUCUACUUAAGUCUACAAAGGGAGCCACCAUUCGCAUUACGAAGAACCUUCGUGUUUGUGGUGAUUGCCAUGUUUUUUGCAAGCUUGUUUCAAGGUUCUUUGAACGAGAACUUGUUGUGAGGGACGCCAACAGAUUUCAUCAUUUUAAGGAUGGGAUUUGCUCUUGUGGAGAUUUCUGGUAACAUUUACUAUUAUGUUGAAUGAUUAAAUUAUGAAAGACUUCAUAGCUUCAUUCUUGCUGAUGACUAUCGUUGGAGUCACUUGUAAAUGGAGGAGCCACCAGACUAUAUGAGGAAAGUUUUCGAUGGAUAAGACUCUAACCACUGAGGAACUUUUUUUUCUCAAAGCACAGGGCUUGCGUAUUGGAGGUUCUUUAUACCUCAUACUUGGAGAUGUGAAGAAAACAAGCCACAGAAAAGUGAAAAUAUGCAAGAGCUUUAAGUUAGAAGAACGAUGAAGAUGAUUGGGAUCUUGACCAAGGAUCUGAUUCUGAUUCUGGGGUUGUGCGGUUUUGGUUCCUCAGUCUUCACUCUCUCUCACACGCCAAGUCAAAGUUGAAAAUCCCCAGACAUGUGCAACCGAAACCAAUAUUCUGAGAAAUCUUUAAUUAGAAGAGGGUCUAGUGACAAGCGCUGAGCAGCUAAUUUUUCUUCUGCAGAUUAUUUCAGUUUAUGUACUUGUAGAUAAAGCCAGGACCACUCUAGAGCCUACAAAAUUUUCAGCCUACUACUUCUGGUGCUGCGGCUGUCCUGCAAUAUUGCAAAGGGAGGGAGAGAAAGAAGAGAGACAGAGGGGUCGAUAUAAAUAGGCUUCAAUAUCUGAACAUAUAUUCAUUAGCCCCAUGCUCUAAAUUUUCAGCUACUCAUCGAUCCUGGCAUUGCUUUUGUUUAAUCAGAAAUUCGCAGGCGCGCUCUAUGAUAUAGCCCUAACCAGUUGUCACCUAGCCUUUCAGACCACCUAAAUGAAACUGGGUUCGUGAUCUGGCUCCAAAUCCACCCAUUCUCUCUCUUAAAUAAAAGAUGGGAUAUGCUGCCCGCAAGGGUAGUUUGAUUAAAAGGAGAGAGGAGUCUAAGAACAUGAUGAGAGAGUAUGGUUUAAGUUUUGGUGGAUUAUAUUUUAAAAUUAAAUUCUUAAUUUUUUUAAUGCAGUAGUUAUUUGAUUGAUUAUUGAA